AUGAUGGCAGGACCUAGUGGUGAUAAGUGCAGCUGCUCAGAUAAUCGUAGUGAUGACCCUCCACCUCUGAGUAUUACACUAAAGAAGACAAGAGAUCUGCCGAAGAAGGUGAAACAUUGGAACAUAGACCAUCGUCCAGUUGACAUUCUGCUUUUGACUGUGGAGUAUUGCGAGUUCUUAGCUUGUUAUCAUUACCUGAGAGAUUCCUCUAAAAGCUAUGAGAAAUCCAUUGGGUAUGUGUACUUUGGAAAGAUGGGUGACGGUGAAGAUGAGGCACUGAAAGUUGCUUUAGUGAAGUGUUCUAAAGAAUUCUUGGAUCCUGGAGGUUCUCAAACUGCUGCUAAGAAUGCCGUCACACUCCUGAGACCCAAGGCUACCUUUUUGGUUGGUUUCUGCUACAGUUCGAAUCCUGACAAAGCCCAGCUAGGAGAUGUGGUGAUAUCCUCAAAGCUUACAACAGAUUUUCACAAAACCCCAGUGAGUAGGGAUGUUGGUAACCUUGUCAGAAGUGCAGCUGAUGGAUGGGAGGCGCCAUUAGAAAACCCAGAAACACAUGAAGUCAAUGUACGUGAUGGAGAGAUUUUGAGUUGCUCUAAUCUGAUUGAUGCUGAACAGCAGUGUCAAUCACACCCUGGGGCAAUUGCAGUUGAAAUGGAAGGAAAAGGUGAGAAUUACUCUCAGGUUUACUCUUGCUUGGCUUCUGGUUGCUAGAUUCUUAAGCCAGGUUCUUGUUGGGGGCGAGGUACUCGAUACUUUUUGUUUGAGGAACUCUUUCCUGAAUUCUAAAUUCUUACUCUCUGAUAUACUGCUUCUGACAAAAAGGUACCUGCCCUACUCAUUAUACUCUCUAGGAAGAGUAGUGCUAAUUUACAUGCCUGCAGAAAAACACAACAUCUCUUAAAGACUUCCAGUAGCAGAGGAAAAACAAGAAAGAGUAAUCUGCAGAAAAACGAAGCCCUUUUUGCUCAAAUUAAUCGCAACAUUCUCCCUUUAAUAUCAUUGCUUAAAUCUAUUCCAAUUGUUAUCGCUUUUUUUUUUCAUUUUUCAUUUUUCAUUUCUCUGCCUCAGGCCUGUUUGCAGCAGCUCAUGACAUGAAGAUGGAGUGGCUUGUCAUUAAAGGUGUUUGUGGUUUUGUACAUGGUGUUGCUUCUACAAAGGAUCCAUGGAAGACUUUUGCUUGUGUCAUGGCAGCUUCUGUUGUAUCCAACAUGUUGAAUAACUCUUUUGUGUUUGGAGACUGGCCUCAUUACGGAGGUACGUGUACAUUUUUGUAA